AUGUCCGUUGAUGUACGUUCCAGCUGCAUUAAGAAAAAGCAGCUGCAUCACACGCUUCUGCAUCGUGCCGCUCCUUCAUCCAGCGUAGCGGCUUCGACUUCCGCCCAAGCCCCCAGCUCAUCCGAACCUCAGCCCAACGUACAGAGCUAUUUCACCUCCAGCACAAGUACCGUUCUUCUGGGCACGGCACUCAUUAAUAUUUGUCACCUGGGGACCAAUUUCCGUGCCCGCGCACUAAUUGACUCAGGCUCCGAGGCGACGUUCAUCACUGAACGUCUCUUUAACAUUAUUAAGCCACCGUUCGAAGCCAUACAGGCUCAAGUCGCAGGUUUAAACCAAACCGUAGCGGCUAAGGCGCAAAGGCGCUGUCACUUCAUGAUCGGGGCCGCCUCCAGACCUGGCCUCCAAAUCGAGACCAUGGCAUAUGUUCUGCCUCAAUUAGCAGGAAACCUUCCCUCAUAUCCGAUACCGCAGCACUUCUUGGACAAGCUUCCAAAUCUCCCGCUGGCAGACCCCUCCUUCUACCGAAGCUCGCAGAUUGAUGUGCUUUUAGGCGCUGACAUCCUUCCUUCUAUCCUGUUGAGCGGCUUCCGGUCUGACAUUUGCGACUCGCUGCUAGGACAAGAGACCAUCUUCGGAUGGGUCCUAUCCGGUCCGGUAUCAGCUGACUCGACUCGGACGGUUUCCGCCUUCACCACGAAGCUCUCGUUAGAUUCGGACGUCCGACUCGAGAAGCUUCUCACCAAAUUCUGGGAGGUGGAGGACCUUCCGGGGAAGCCGACGAGUGAGUCAGAUUCUGUGUGCGAGGAAAACUUCCGCAAGACCACUAAACGAGCCCCCGAUGGGAGGUAUAUUGUUACUGUCCCUUUCAAGUGUCCAGAAAAUGUCGAUCUAGGAUACUCCAGGUGCGCGGCACAGGCCCAGCUCAAAGAGCAGUACGACGCCGUUAUCCAGGAAUAUUUAGAGCUAGGCCACAUGACAGCGGUUACACCCAGUCAUUACUCCGGCCAUUACUACCUUCCACAUCACGCCGUGUUUAAACCCGACAGCACCACAACCAAACUGCGCAUGGUCUUCAACGCCUCCAGCCCGUCUUCCAACGGGAAAAGACUCAACGACACAUUGCAUUCGGGGCCAGUCCUUCAGUCUGACUUGACUAUGCAAAUCCUGAGGGCGAGUCCCUAG